AUGGCAUCGUCUGCCCUCCUCGACCCUCCUCUGCCCUCGGCCCUCGACUGUCCUCCUCGGCCCACGUCGUGCCCGUCGGUGCUUCCCCUCGUUCCCAUUGUCGUGGCCGACCCGAGCCGUUACGUGGCCAUGCCGUCGACUCUGCUCCUCGUCGGUGCCGUCCUGGCGAGGCUCGCCGCCGCCGCCACCUGCGUCGAGAAGACGCAGGUCCCCCCGGAGGGCUGGAGGCGGUUGAGCGAGGCGCCCGACGGCACGCGGCCGCUGCAAAUGUCCAUCGCCCUGCGCCUGCCGCGCGUCGACGGGCUCGCCUCGACGCUCGCCUCGUCGUCGUCGAAGCACCUCUCGCUCGACGAGGUGACGUCGAUGAGGGCGGCUGACGGCGAGGACCGCGACGCCGUGCUCCGCUGGCUCGCCGACGAGGGCAUCACCGACAGCAAGGCCGACGAGGGAUGGGUUCACGUCCGCACCACCGCGGCUCGUGCCGAGGCGCUCUUGGGCAUGCGGCUGCGGAGCUAUUCGUUCCGAGGGAACGCGCCCGUCCUGCGAACGACGGACUACUCCGUGCCCGAUCACCUGGCCGAGGCCAUCACCUUUGUCCACCCCAUCUCCAACUUCAUGACGCCGGCGCACAAAGUCGCCGCCUCGAGGCCGGUGACGAGGCGGAGCUUGACUGGGGCCGUCGAGAUUUGCGGCCUGACGACGACGCCCGCCUGCAUCGCGCGGCGGUACGGCCUCAACUACACGACGCCCGACGGAAAGUCGUCGGUCCGCCUCGGCGUUGCCGGAUUCCUGGAGCAGUACGCCAACUUUGCCGACACGCAAAGCUUCUUACUUGAGACCAAGCCGGAGCUGGCGGGCCGCAACUUCUCCGUCGAGCUCGUCAACGGCGGUCGGAACCCCCAGGACGCCGCCGAGGCCGGCGCCGAGGCGAACCUGGACGUGCAGUACGCCAUGGCCGUCGGCUAUCCCGCCGCCGUCACCUACUACUCGACCCACGGACGCGGCGUGAAGCUCGAUGACGAGGGCAACGCCCUGCCCAAGGAGCGCGACGACAACGAGCCGUACCUCGGCCUGUUCGAGUACCUCCUCGCCAAGCCCGACGACGAGCUCCCGAGCGUCCUCUCCGUCUCGUACGCCGACGACGAGCUCUCGGUGCCCAAGCCGUACGCCGGCCGCGUCUGCGACCUCGCCGGCCUGCUGGCCGCCCGUGGCAUGUCCAUCGUCGUCGGCUCCGGCGACGGCGGCGCCAAGGGGGGCCGCAACUCGACCUGCCGGACCAACGACGGAAGCGCCAGGGACGUGGCCAUGGCCACCUUUCCCGCCACCUGCCCGUGGGUGACGGCCGUCGGCGCCGUGACCCACGGCCACGACCCGCCCCGCGGCGCCCACUUCAGCACCGGCGGCUUUUCCCAGUACUUUAAGCGGCCGGCGUGGCAGGAUGACGCCGUCACCGGCUACGUCGAGGAGCUGCACGGCCAUCUCGCCGGCCACUACGACGCCGGCAUGCGCGCCAUCCCCGACAUCUCCGUCGUCGGCACCUCGUUCAAGGUCAUCGUCGGCGGCCAGACGCUCGCCAUGGACGGCACGAGCGCCAGCACGCCCGUCUUCGCCGCCAUGAUCGCCCUCGUCAACGACGCGAGGCUGCGCAAGGGCAAGCCGUCGCUCGGCUGGCUCAACAAGAAGCUGUACUCGCCCGCCGUCCGCGACGUCCUGCACGACGCGACGACCGGCCUGAGCAAGUCUUGCACCUUUUCCGGCGGGAAAAUGCCAGGCGGGUGGCCGGCCAAGAAGGGUUGGGACGCCAUCACGGGACUGGGGACGCCGGGCAAGUUUGACGACCUCUUGCGUGUCUUGGUCGACCUGUGA